GCUCUGGAGAGCGUAGGAGCGUUCCCGCCCGGGAGCUGGCCCGGCUCUGCGCCCAGGCGGGCCGGCCUUGGCGUGCGGCAUCUUCAACCGUCCUCGUGUGGCAACGAGUCGGGUUGCUCUGCUGUGCUCCAUCACCUUCUCCUAAAGAUGCAUCCUGACUUAUCUCCACACUUGCACACUGAAGAAUGCAACGUCUUGAUUAACUUACUUAAGGAAUGUCACAAAAAUCACAGCAUUCUGAAAUUUUUUGGUCAUUGCAAUGACCUUGAUCGGGAGAUGAGAAAAUGCUUGAAGAAUGAGUACAUGGAAAAGAGGACCAGGAGCAGGGAGCAUGGCAAUCAGAUGCGAAAGAGACUUUCUAAUUCUUCAGGAGAAUCUGAAGCAUAAAUUGUAUUUUCACUGGAUGUCUUGGCUGAGAGAACACCUGAAGACUCUUGGUUGAUAAAACCAAAAGAAUCCUAUCUCAUUCGGUCUCCAGAAUCUUUUGAAUAGCAAGUGACCCAUGAGAAAUCAUGCCAUGGAGAAAUAUGGAAACCCUGGAUUCAGAAUAUAUGUUGGGCAGAGCCUUAGUACUCUCAUUCCUUUACCAACGCACCUGACUUUUAAUAUGUUUAAUGUACAGUUAAUAUCCGAGUAACCUAUCUCCCUUAAUAAAAUAAUUGACUUGAAUCCUA